GAAAGUGAGAGAUAGUGACGUAUGUAUGCACUUAAUGCCACUGAUGAUAAUGAGUCACGUGGAGCAAAGGGGCAAGGGUAACACGCAGACAGGUGAACUCUUUCCUGGACUUUGGAAAUAAUCAUGAGAACCUGAAGAGACAGUGUGGAGGUGAAAGUACGAGAUAGUGCUGUACAUAUCCACUUGCUUCUGAUAAUGAGCCACCUGGGGCAAAGGUAACACAAAGACAGAUGAACUCUUUCGUGGACUUUGGAAAUACUUAUGAGAACCUGAAGAGACAGUGUGGAGGUGAAAGUAUGAGAUAGUGACAAAAAUAUCCACUUGCUUCUGAUAAGGAGUCACCUGGGACAAAGGUAACAUGCAGAUAGGUGAACACUUUCAUGGACUUUGGAAAUACUUAUAAGAACCUUUAGAGACAGUGUGGGGUGAAAAUAUGAGAUAGUGAUGUAAAUAUGCACUUGCUUAUGAUAAUGAAUAACCUGGGGCAAAGGUAACACGCAGACAGGUGAGGUGGUGACUGAAAAAUUGUAACUGUGGCGGCGGGGAGUAGGUGUUCGAACCCGCGUCCACCUGAACACGGCGCCGGCACACUAACCACUCACCCAGCGCCUCCCUUCUCUCAGAAUGACUCUCCUCCUUACUCUUAAAACAUUUAUGAUUGUUAUUUGUAUAUCCUAACAGUUUACCGUCCUCCAUCCUACACACAGAAAGAUAACAUUGCCCUUAUUGAAUUCAUAUCAAAUAUCUGCGUCAGUAAAGAAUUUAUAAUUAUGGGUGACUUCAAUCUGCCCUCCAUCUCUUGGAAUGAUGUGGUGCCAGACCAUAACACUACUGCUUGUGACACCAUGUUUCUUAACCUAUUCCAAACUUUGGGUCUCCAUCAGUGGGUUCUAGAACCAACUUUUAUUAAGUUAGGAAACAUUUUGGAUUUAAUCCUUACCACUGAAGAUGACCGUAUUCAAGAUAUCAACAUAUUUCCUCCUUUUCCUAAUUGUGGCCAUGCUCUUGUUAAAAUAGCACAUCUCUAUCAAGGAGAAGACACUCGUGAUAGGGUUGGUGCUCCUCUAUUGGACUGGGCCAGGGGUAAAUAUGGUAAGAUCUGCAAUGCUCUUCAGCAAAUUGAUUGGGACUACGAACUAAUGCAUCUCGAUGUUGACACUGCUAAUGCCUUUUUAUCCAACACCCUGAUCCAGUUAGCCAACCAAUUCAUCCCUAUAAAGAGGCCUCGGAGUAAGUGUCCACCUUGGAGUAAAGAUAUUCCUCGUAAUCUAUUUAAACAACGCAGCAAACUUUGGAUGGAAUACAAACACUUACGACAAGCUCAUGGUAGACAGUCUUACCUCACGCUACAAAAGCUAUUCAAGUUUAAUGAGACCAAUGCUAUUCUAUGGGCUUCUGCCCUAACCACUCAAAUCAACUAUGAGGACAGGCUCAUCCAGCUCCGCUCUGUUAAACCUAAGCUGUUCCACUCCUACAUCAGGAACAAAAAAGUUGAUCGUCCUAAAGUUGGCCCCCUUAUGAUAAAUGGAAAUCUAACGGAUGACCCAGAUUGUAUGGCAGAUUCAUUUGCCAAAGCUUUUGCCUCUGUAUUUGUUGUGGAGUCUUCCAACAAUGUAUUUCCCCACCAAGUGUGUAACGGUAAUAUAUCAGAUGUCCAGUUCUUCCCAAGAGAUGUUGAAUCCCACUUAAAAACUCUCAAUGCUGACAGUGCUGUGGGACCAGAUGGCCUCCACCCUCGGCUACUUAAGGAAUGUGUUCUUGAACUUGCCUACCCCAUGGCUAUCCUUUUCAAUAUGUCAAUGGCCUCAGGCUCCCUUCCUCAAUUGUGGAAACUUUCCCAUGUAUCCCCCAUCUAUAAGAAAGGGCCUCAUAGUGAUCCCCUAAACUACAGACCCAUCAGCCUCAAUCCCAUACCCUGCAAAACUAUGGAGUGCAUUAUCUGCAAGUCUCUUUUUGGAUUCAUUAAAGAUCACUUAUUGUUCGACAAACGCCAGUUUGGCUUCAGGCCAAACAGAUCUGUGUCAGAUCAGCUCCUACUCACUUACGACUAUGUAACAUACUGGUACAACCAGGGUCACGUGGUGGAAUAGAUUCUAUUUGAUUUCGUCAAGGCGUUCAACCGUGUUCACCACCAGGUACUGGUAGAUAAGUUAAUCUCUAUUGGGAUCUCUGGGAAUCUUUUACAAUUGAUCAUCAGCUUCCUUGUUGGUCGCACCAUGAGGGUCUCUAUCAGUGGUUGUGUAAGUUCUCCUAAGCCAGUUCUAAGUGGUGUUCCGCAAGGCUCCGUUUUGGGACCACUCCUGUUUCUUAUCUUCAUUAACCACACUUGUUCUCAACUCCAAUGUGAGUACAAAAUGUUUGCAGAGAUCUUAAAACCAUUUAGCUCCUUUAUCUAAUUCUGAUCAAGCCUCACAUGAAAUCCAAAAUAGUAUUGAUAUGCUGUCAGCCACUGCCUUCUCCUGGGGGCUUAGAUUCUCCUCUAACAAAUGUGUCCACCUCUGCUUUGCUAGACUACACCAUGUGAUGAUAGACAAUCUUCAUCCUCUAUACAAACUUGAUGGUUCACCAAUCAACCGCUGUUCAACACAAAAAGACCUCGGUGUGAUUGUAGACAACAAAUUGAAAUUUCACCAACAUAUCAUAAGUACUGUUACAAAGACUGGAGGUGUUGCA